AGAGGGGAGGCUCCUUCUCCUCCAGCCAGGCCAAGGUCUGCAGCCUCUGGUUAUAAGGGUCUGGACCCAGGGACCGGGGCCCUAGGCAGCCUCUCAACCUCCGGGAGACUGAACAUCCCCCGACAGACGGAAACAUCCCCCCCGCAGCAGCUUCGGGUGCAGGUCUCUGCAGGACAGACAGGGAGCAGCCGCUGAUCAGCCGGAACUACAAGGGGGAUGUGAGCAUGGCAGAGAUCGAUCACUUCAUGCCGCUGCUGAUGCAGAAGGAGGAGGAGGGGGCCCUGACCCCGCUGCUGACCCAUGGCAAAGUCCACUUCCUCUGGAUCAAGCACACCAACCUGUACCUGGUGGCCACCACCAUGAAGAACGCCAAUGCCUCGCUGGUCUACUCCUUCCUCUACAAGGUGGUGGAGGUUUUCUCCGAGUACUUUAAGGAGCUGGAGGAGGAGAGCAUCCGAGACAACUUCGUCGUCAUCUACGAGCUGCUGGAUGAGCUGAUGGAUUUCGGGUUCCCCCAGACGACUGACAGCAAAAUCCUCCAGGAGUACAUCACCCAGCAAGGCAACAAGCUGGAGACCGGCAAGUCCCACGUGCCCCCCACCGUCACCAACGCCGUGUCCUGGCGCUCCGAGGGCAUCAAGUACAAGAAGAACGAGGUUUUCAUCGAUGUCAUUGAGUCAGUGAACCUGCUGGUGAACACCAAUGGCAGUGUCCUGCUCAGCGAGAUCGUGGGCACCAUCAAGCUGAAGACGUUUCUCUCCGGCAUGCCCGAGCUGCGGCUGGGCCUUAACGACCGCAUGCUCUUUGAGCUGACCGGGCGUGGCAAGAACAAGUCGGUGGAGCUGGAGGACGUCAAGUUCCACCAGUGCGUGCGGCUCUCACGCUUCGACAAUGACCGCACCAUCUCCUUCAUCCCGCCUGACGGAGACUUCGAGCUCAUGUCCUACCGGCUCAACACGCAGGUGAAGCCCCUCAUCUGGAUCGAGUCAGUCAUCGAGAAGUUCUCCCACAGCCGCGUGGAGAUCAUGGUGAAGGCGAAGGGCCAGUUCAAGAAGCAGUCGGUGGCCAAUGGUGUGGAGAUCUCGGUCCCCGUCCCAAGCGACGCCGACUCCCCCAAGUUCAAGACCAGCGUUGGCAGUGCCAAGUACAUGCCCGAGAAGAACAUCGUCAUCUGGAGCAUCAAGUCGUUCCCGGGUGGGAAAGAGUUCCUGAUGCGGGCCCACUUUGGGUUGCCCAGCGUGGAGAAGGAGGAGGUGGAGGGGCGGCCGCCCAUUGCUGUCCGCUUUGAGAUCCCCUACUUUACCGUCUCUGGAAUCCAGGUGCGCUACAUGAAGAUCAUCGAGAAGAGCGGGUACCAGGCACUGCCCUGGGUGCGGUACAUCACCCAGAGCGGGGAUUACCAGCUCCGGACCCAGUAGGCUCCAGCCGGGCGGCGAGGGAUCCUGCGGCCCCACGAUUGAAGGAGGCUGGAGCCCCCGGACCGCAGCGAGUGCCCUGUGAACCUAGAGAGGCCCUUUUAAGAGAGAAUUUUGUGCAUUUCCCCCUGGGCUGCUGUCCGCCGUCCUGCCCCCAGCUGCGGCUGAAUUUCUGGCGACUCCCCUACCCCAGGGCCCGGUCCUUUCUCCCGACUUAUCUAUUGAUUUAUAAAGAGGAAAUGAACCUCG